AUGGUGAAUGAAGGUAUCCAUACUGAGACCUUAGCUCUGGUUGAGUCACAUCUUUUCGAGAAUCGGCUUAUUGAUGCUAGCCAACAUCAGACAUCUUCAUAUGCUACCACAACAUCUGGACCUGAAGCUAUAUCAUGGACUGUUCAAAGCUCCACGGCAAAUGGAGUUUAUUCUAAUCCAACCUACCAGUACGAUCAGCAUCCGCAGCCACCUGAAAAAAAUGUUCAAGAAGGUCAAAGUGUAUCAUCAGUUGCUGGUAAUACAUCAAAUUUGGGAACAGCUAAUACACCGCAAGGUUACAAUGCAUACACAUCAUAUGCAAAUUCUUCUAAUCCAUAUGGUUAUGGAAGCAGUACGGGAUACUCAGGCUACUAUAACAGCUAUCAGCAGCAGCAACCUAAUCAUGCUUAUUCACAGCCUAUAGGAGCAUAUCAAAAUGCAGACUACUGGAGAUUACCAAAACAACAAUGGAUACACAAAUCAAGCGCCGGUGUGGAACAAUGGCAGUUAUUCAAGUUAUUCCUCUCAUCCAUAUACAAGUUACGCACCAGAUUCCAAUAG